ACGACAACGUGUUAGAAGCCCAGGUCCAAUUCACAAUAAAAGCCCACAAAAAUAUCACCACCUUCACUCGAAUUUUCCAUUUCUCUUUCUCUUCUUCAAAACCAGUGCUACACAAAUUCAUCUUCAAGAUCUAGAUCCAAAUCCAUCAAUGGCGACACCAGAUCAUCUCUUCAACCUCCGCAACAACUUCUACCUCGGCGCAUACCAAGCUGCAAUCAACAGCAGCGAAGUCUCCAACCUCUCUCCCGACGACAUCAUCGAACGCGACACACUCGUUUUCCGUUGCUACAUCUCUCUUGGUCAGUUACAGUUCGUCAUCUCCGAAAUCAACGAUUCCGCUCCCACUCCUCUUCAAGCCGUUAAAUUGCUCGCUCUUUAUUUCUCAUCACCCGAUUCAAAGGAAUCGGCGAUCGCGAGUAUUAAAGAAUGGCUUGCGGAUCCUGCGAUUGGGAACAAUGCUACGUUGAGGCUUGUUGCUGGGAUUAUUUUUUUGCAUGAACAGGAUUUCAAUGAGGCGUUGAAGUAUACUAAUGCCGGUGGAACCAUGGAACUGACUGCGUUGAAUGUGCAAAUCUUUAUUAAGAUGCAUAGGUCUGAUUAUGCUGAGAGACAGCUUAGGAUUAUGCAGCAGAUUGAUGAGGAUCAUACUCUUACUCAGCUUGCAAAUGCUUGGCUUGAUUUGGCUGUGGGAGGGGCAAAGAUCCAAGAGGCGCAUUUGAUCUUCCAAGAUUUGUCUGAGAGAUAUCAGUCUACUAGUUUGCUCUUGAAUGGCAAGGCUGUUUGCUGCAUGCAAAUGGGUAACUUUGAUGAAGCUGAGACUCUUUUGGUGGAAGCACUCAACAAGGAUGCUAGGGAUCCAGAAACACUGGCAAAUCUUGUUGUAUGCUGUCUUCAUCUUGGAAAACCAUCUUCUAAAUCAUUCAGCCAGCUGAAACUUUCACACCCAGAUCAUGUACUGGUCAAGAGGGUAUCAGCAGCUGAAGAAAGCUUUGAUAGAGCGCUACAAUCUGCUUCAUGAGCUCGUGAUCGAUAUUUUUCAUUAUUUGAAUGGUGUGUGUGGUCUUCCCAUGCAAUUUUUACACCUUAUUGUGGUUAUUGUAUUGUCGCGUAUAACCAGUUGGGUAAAAUGUGUUAUAGGAUUCAAAUUUUAUGAUAAUGUUUGUCUUAAGUCUUGAUGUUACAAAAACUAUAGCUGAUAUUAAUUUGUUGCAAGUUCAUUUCCAUUAUAUUUUUACUUGAAAAGGAA